AUGGUUGUCAACACUCCAGCAUUGGCCGGUACCCCUCCUGUGCUUCGCCGACGCCCGGAUCAGCCUCUUGAAAGCGUCGAUGCGGAACUGUCUCAUCUAUUUGGAGUUUCAAACGGCCAGAAUGGAAAUUCGACGUCGACCAACACGCGACCACUGCUCAGUCCCAAGGUCUUGAACUUGAAGACUGCAAAUAGAGAUCCUCCGGCGACCGGUGGUAUGUAUUGCAUGCGUAAUGAAAAAGCCAGACCUAUGUCAAAGAAGACAGGCUCCCCGGAGACGCGUGUGCAGCUUCCUUCACCCACUAGCCAGCCAGAGCAGCAAGACAGCCUGAAACGCUACUCCAGCCAAUCCUAUUCGGGAAGUGGUGUGAUAAAACAAGACCUUAACGGUACUCUGCCCUGUGAUGCAUCUAUCCACUGCCCAUUGCCGGACUGGCGGGGGUAUGACGCUCCUAUCGCAGUUUCAGAUACCAACCAAAUAGAAGGCUUGGAAAAGGUCUCUGGAUCAAUGGCACAUUCACAAAGCUAUAGUACAAUAUACCAAAGAAGGUCGAAGAGAGUUCGUGAAGAGAUUCAAUGGACGCUGAUAGAUUCUUUAAGACGAUGA